UUCAGGCUUUAGCUUCUUAUAUAUAGUAAUGAAACUUCAUACCAGAAUCCACCCAACAAGAAGUUAUGGAGGAAUUGGCACCUGGGUUUCGUUUUUAUCCAACGGAAGAAGAGCUCAUUUCCUUCUAUCUGCAUAACAAGCUAGAAGGGAAGAGAGACGACAUCAACACGGCUAUUGCCCGUGUUAUUCCAGCCCUUGAUAUUUAUGACUUCAAUCCAUGGGAUCUCCCACAAUUAUCAGGAGAAUUAUGUCGUAAAGAUCCUGAACAGUGGUUUUUCUUCCUUCCGAGACAGAAAAGGGAAGCCCAAGGAGGCAGGCCGAGUCGACUCACAACCACUGGGUAUUGGAAAUCCACUGGCUCACCUGGUUAUGUUUAUUCUUCGACCAAUAAUCGGUGCAUUGCUGCAAAACGAACCAUGGUCUUCUACAAGGGAAGAAUUCCACAUGGAAGAAAGACAGAUUGGAAAUUGAAUGAGUAUAGAGUCAUACAAGGAGAAGCAUCCUCUUCAACUUGUCCAAAAACAAUGCCAAGGCAAGAUCAAUUUACUUUGUGCCGUGUGUACAAGAACUCAAAAUGUCGUAGAGCAUUCGAUAGAAGGCCAAUUGGAGUGCAAAUAGGCGAACCAAGUGUUCAAGUUAGCAGCGAGCAAGCACAAAGAAAUCAGCAGAUCCCACAACCAACGUUGGACAGAAGCACAUUUGAGGGUUCAUGCACAGAAGAACAUGGAUACGUCCAUGGUGCUUCUUCUGAAUUGGCAAUGGCUAUAGAUAAUGAGCCACUGUGGGAUUGGGAGCACUUAUACAAUUGGGCAGACUAUGAUCAAUGGAGAUCAGAGAAAGGGCUUUAAUAAUGAGAGAGUUGAAUUUGUAGGUUUAAAAAAUCCAAAUUCUUCUUGUCUUCUCUAUAUUCUAAUUAAGCGUGUCUGCAUUUACUUAGCCAUGUUAGAACUUCCUUGCGUAGA